AUUUAUAAAAAAAAUAAAAUAAAAAUUCUAAGUGUUGAGAACCAGGCGCACACAAGGGGGCGCUGUCAGAGAGUAAUCCGAGGACAGUGCCUCGGGUCGGGGCUACAGCAGCGGGAUCUCCCCCCUGUCCUUCUGGAAGUCUGUGCGAGCUUUUAAAAAAUAUUUCUAAGUGUUUAUGGAUCCAGAGACGCAGAAGGGGGAUUUUUAACGUUUGUAUCCGAAUAUAGGGCCCUCUGUCUGGGUUUUAAUGAACGAAAUUCCCCGGUGUUUUUUCUGGAAGUCUGUGCGAGCUUUUAAAAAAUAUUUCUAAGUGUUUAUGGAUCCAGAGACGCAGAAGGGGGAUUUUUAACGUUUGUAUCCGAAUAUAGGGCCCUCUGUCUGGGUUUUAAUGAACGAAAUUCCCCGGUGUUUUUUCUGGAAGUCUGUGCGAGCUUUUAAAAAAUAUUUCUAAGUGUUUAUGGAUCCAGAGACGCAGAAGGGGGAUUUUUAACGUUUGUAUCCGAAUAUAGGGCCCUCUGUCUGGGUUUUAAUGAACGAAAUUCCCCGGUGUUUUUUCUGGAAGUCUGUGCGAGCUUUUAAAAAAUAUUUCUAAGUGUUUAUGGAUCCAGAGACGCAGAAGGGGGAUUUUUAACGUUUGUAUCCGAAUAUAGCGCCCUCUGUCUGGGUUUUAAUGAACGAAAUUCCCCGGUGUUUUUUCUGGAAGUCUGUGCGAGCUUUUAAAAAAUAUUUCUAAGUGUCUAUGGAUCCAGAGACGCAGAAGGGGGAUUUUUAACGUUUGUAUCCGAAUAUAGCGCCCUCUGUCUGGGUUUUAAUGAACGAAAUUCCCCGGUGUUUUUUCUGGAAGUCUGUGCGAGCUUUUAAAAAAUAUUUCUAAGUGUUUAUGGAUCCAGAGACGCAGAAGGGGGAUUUUUAACGUUUGUAUCCGAAUAUAGGGCCCUCUGUCUGGGUUUUAAUGAACGAAAUUCCCCGGUGUUUUUUCUGGAAGUCUGUGCGAGCUUUUAAAAAAUAUUUCUAAGUGUUUAUGGAUCCAGAGACGCAGAAGGGGGAUUUUUAACGUUUGUAUCCGAAUAUAGGGCCCUCUGUCUGGGUUUUAAUGAACGAAAUUCCCCGGUGUUUUUUCUGGAAGUCUGUGCGAGCUUUUAAAAAAUAUUUCUAAGUGUUUAUGGAUCCAGAGACGCAGAAGGGGGAUUUUUAACGUUUGUAUCCGAAUAUAGCGCCCUCUGUCUGGGUUUUAAUGAACGAAAUUCCCCGGUGUUUUUUCUGGAAGUCUGUGCGAGCUUUUAAAAAAUAUUUCUAAGUGUUUAUGGAUCCAGAGACGCAGAAGGGGGAUUUUUAACGUUUGUAUCCGAAUAUAGCGCCCUCUGUCUGGGUUUUAAUGAACGAAAUUCCCCGGUGUUCUUUCUGGAAGUCUUUUUUUUUUUUUUUUUUUUUCAGUGGAAUACAUCGCGGAAUAUUGGCAGCAUCUCAAAGGCUCUCGUGGUCUGAGGAAAAGGAUCGAAAAUCAAAGAUCCAAAGUGGGUAGAAUCAUGGCUUUCCUUUCGUUUAUAACCAAGGGACAGCCAAUCCUCCAGAAUUGGACUUUCCUUCACAAUAUGUCCAGGAUAUACCAGUGGCCAGAGCAUCUGCAGAAUGGUGGAAAAGCGGAGAACACAGUGAAGACCUACCUGGUAAAUUUGUCCCAGUUCCUGGGCUACUUCAGGGACACCCCUCCCUCCUCAUCCAGGGUUCCAAAAAGAGAAGUGUUUGCCGUGAUUCGUGCUAUCUCAGAGUGUAUUGCAAGCCUGGGUCCACGUGUUGUCAUGCGUCAGAUACGUGUAAAGAAAAAUAAGUUGAGCAGAACCAUCUCCAAGGACCAACUUCGCCUCUGCAAAGUCCUGGCCAGGAGACGCAUCCCUGAACUUCUUGAUGAACUGUCUGAGGACCCCAACCCGGAGGCGCGAAGGAGAUAUUUUGGGUACCUCAGUGUUUACCUAGCAAGCCUAUAUGGACACCGCACCGGUGUUCUAAAGAAUAUGACGGUCUCCGAGGUUGAUGAAGCCCAGAAGGAAGCUACAGUCGGGCAAGCGGGCUUCGUGAUCAAUGUGAAGGAACACAAAACCAACCGUGCGUUUGGCCCCGCACAGCUCUACUUAACUGUAGAGGAAUUCUCAUGGGUGGAGCAGUGGAUGAUCAUCAGACAGAAACUAAACCCACCCACAGACCUUCUUCUCUUCACCGAAAACUUCACAAAAAUCGAGAAACUCAUCGUGCCGAUGCAAGCCGCCUGGCGUGACAUGGGUUUUCCUGGGCGUCCCACAUUCACAGACUUCCGAACAUCAAUAGCCACAUACGCAAGGAAUACUUUGUCACCAAGUGACCGGAUCAACAUUUCAAAGACCAUGUGUCAUGACACGCGGACAGCAGACAAAUUCUACGCGCUCCACCGCACCGCGUCAGAGCUGGCUCGGAUCCGUCAGAAUUUCGAGGCAGCCGUCAAGCCACCACGUACGACGGUACAUGACACCGCCGAACCUUCCCUCCUCUCCAUGUCAGAAUCAUCAGGUGAUGGUGUUGAGGAGGAAGCGGACUGCGCGCCUCCCACCCCGCCUGCCGGUCCUUCGCCCGGUGCUGUGCCGUCCUCACCAACAUCCAGUCAGGCCACUGGAUCAACAAGCCCUGAUCACGCUUCUGAGAGCGACGUUGACUACACUGUUGACAGCGAGUCUGACCAAACUUCUGAGAGCGAGUCUGACCAAACUUCUGAGAGCGAGUCUGACCAAACUUCUGAGAGCGAGUCUGACCAAACUUCUGAGAGCGAGUCUGACCAAACUUCUGAGAGCGAGUCUGACCAAACUUCUGAGAGCGAGUCUGACCAAACUUCUGAGAGCGAGUCUGACCAAACUUCUGAGAGCGUGUCUGACCAAACUUCUGAGAGCGUGUCUGACCAAACUUCUGAAUACACUUCGGAGAGCGACCCUUCAUAUGAACCACGUAGAGGGACCCAACAACCCAGAAGAAAGAGACCAUUGUUUACCUACACGUUGAGAAAAAGACAACCAGGGCGCAGCCAAAGUGUACGUGUGCUGAGAUCCAGAAAAACAGUAAAAAAAAUAAUAAAAAAAUAAAUAAAUCAA